UGCUCCCAGUAAGAGCGAUGCUGGGGGGGAAAGCGCUCCCAAUUCCUUCCCGCUGCUCUCAGGAUCGUUCCCGGUGCUCCUGGGAUCGCUCCCAGUGCCGCGCGGGGCGGGACCGCUUUGGAACCACCCCAGGACAGAGCGCGGCUGCUUUUGGGUGUCGGCACCGCCCGGGCCGGGCUGGGAGCGGAGGAGGAGCGGGAGGAAGAGGAGGGACAGAGGAGGACGAGGAAAGGCAGGAGCGGCACGAAGAGGAGGAGGGCCAAAAGAAGAGGAGAAGGGGGAGCAAGAGCAGCAGGACCCGCACGCGGUUCCUCCGCCCGCCCGCAUUUCCCCUGGCUCCGGCAGCAUCGCGCCCCCGGAACCCGCAGGCUUUCCCCUUCUAAAAUCUUGGCCCGAUGCAGAACGAGGAUGCAGCGAGGAAGAGGGCCGGGGAUCCCCAGGCAGACAGGGAGCUGAGGACGGAGUCCACGAAGGACAAAUCCCCACACCAGAUCCUCAUGGAAGAGGCUGUUUUAAGCAGCUCCACAGCGCAGGAAUGCAACGGGGAGGAAAAGCCCCGGAGAUCCCGCACGAGGAGCGGCUGCAAACGCAGAUCACAGGGAUCUGAGGAGGAAAGAUCCACCCUGGGCCGGGGAGAUGACUGGAGAUGUGGCCAGAGCUCAGAGCUGGGGGUCCCUGAGCACCUUCACGGUGGAGAGAAGCCCCACAAGUGCUUGAAAUGUGAGAAGAGCUUCAGCCACAGAUCCUCCCUGAUGCGCCACUGGGGAAUCCACACUGGGGAGAGGUCCUACAAGUGUGGUAAAUGCAAGAAGAGGUUCCAGUCCACCUCCUGUCUCCUUAAGCAUCAGCAGGCUCACACAGAGGAGAAGCCCUUCUGCUGCCUUGAGGAAAAGCCCUUCUGCUGCCUUGAGUGUGGGAUGGGCUUCAAGUACAACUCCAACCUCGUCACCCACAUGCGCAUCCACACCAGGGAGAGCCCUUAUGAGUGUGACCAAUGCAAGAAGAGAUUUCCCACCAGCUCCCGUCUCCUCGUGCACCAGCGGAUUCACACAGAUGAGAAGCCCUUCCGCUGCCCCGACUGCGGGAUGUGUUUCAAGCACAAGCCGUCGCUCAUCAACCACCGGCGCAUCCACACUGGGGAGAGGCCCUAUGAAUGUCCCGAGUGUGGAAUGAGCUUCUCACAGAGCUCCACCCUGGUUGCCCACCAGAGGAGGCACACCGGAGAACGGCCCUACGAGUGUGUGGAGUGUGGGAAGAGCUUCAGGACGAGCUCUGAACUGAUCAUCCACCGGAGAAGCCACACAGGGGAACGGCCCUAUGACUGUGAUGAGUGUGGGGAGAGUUUCAGCCGGAGCUGCCACUUGAUCUGCCACAAGAGGAGGCACAAGGCCCCUGUGGCCCACAAGAAAUGGCCCAACGAGUGUGGGAAGUGUGGGAAGACCUUCAGGUGGAGCUCUGAACUGAUUGUCCACGAAAGGAGCCACACAGGGGAACGGCCCUACGAGUGCAGGGAAUGUGGGAAGAGAUUCAUGUCAAGGUCCCACCAGGUUGCCCACCAGAAGAUCCACACAGGGGAACGGCCCUACAAGUGUGACCAGUGUAAGAAGACGUUUCCCACCAGCUCAAAUCUCCUUGUACACCAGCGGAUUCACACAGAUGAGAGGCCCUUCCGCUGCCACGACUGCGGGAAGGGCUUUAAGAGCAAUUUCACUCUCAUCAGCCACCAGCGCAUCCACACUGGGGAGAGGCCCUUUGAGUGUCCCAAGUGUGGGAAGAGCUUCUCGAGCAACUCAGCCUUGACCAAACACCAACAGAAGCACCUCUGAGGGAAUCCCUGUCAGUGCCCUGAGAGCAGGAAGAGCUUCGUGUUCUGUUCCAACUCCAUCCCCCAUGGGAGGAUCUGCACUGGAUGAUCCCCAGUGACCCCCGGUGGGCAGAGCCCUGGUGAUCCGUGGUGCCAGUGAUCUGUGUUGGGAAGACACCUGGCUGGGGGCUUCACAUCCUCCUGGCUCCCUGUGGGCAUCUGGACACAUCCACAGACCAGCAUCAGAAAUCCAUUGUGGAGAACGAUUUGUUGACUUCUAACCCCAGAAAAAUCUCACUUCGCAUCUUCUGGUGACAUCAAGAAAUGCUGCAUGACCUUGGAGGUCUUCUCCCACAUAAAUCCAUUGUUUCAAUUCUCUCUGUCCCAUGAACAUCUUCCACAGCAAACAGGGACGGACUGGGUCAAAAUCCACCAUUUUGGAUUCAGUGGGGUACCAACCCCUCCAAAAAGGUUUUCCCACUCACCCGAGCACAUGGAUGCUCUGCUGGCAGGGACACAUAAAUCCUUUUGUUUUGGCCUUGAAACAAAAAGGUUUCCGUUCAUCUCUUUGAAAGCCCUGAAACUGGCGUCAAAAUAAAGACAUUGAACUAAG